AUGGCCCGUCGCUCCGCCCCACCCCACUCCGGCCCCGCCUACUACACCCCCGCCACCAUCUCCAGCGGGCGGGGCCAGCUCCCCAACCCCAACGAGUCCGCCCUCUCCGCGUUCCUGCGCGAGCAGAUUUUCGCGCCGGAGAAGCUGCCGGGGAACAUCAACAUCCUCACCGGCGUCGGCGUCUUCCUGGGCGGCAUCCUCUUCAGGGCCGGUCUCGAGGGGCUGAUUGGAGGAGCAGACGAUCGUCGAUGCGACUCGUGCUGUCAUUUGGUCAUCGCUGGAACGUAUAUAACGCCCGCUCAUGCUGCUCAUAGCUUGUUGUUCAUCCCAUCCUCCGCUUUCGCCGCAUACACCUGUAUUAUAUAA